AUCUAAUUAUCCAACAUGGACGGUAUUAGAAUGCUGCAGAGCUAGUAACUGGGCUGAGGGGACAGAAAUAGAAUAAGCCAAAGCGAACGGGUUCAGCUGCGGUUGCAGCCAGGAGAGAAGAGAAAUAUGCCGUCUCCACCCUUCACCCUGAAUGGCCAGUUGAGGUUUCACAAUAAAUGGCUGAAAAUAGAUUUGCAGCGUGCCUUUUCUCCAGAGGGCCUGAGCGAGAUGUGGAACGAGAUGGUGAAGGAUGAAGAGGUCACACGCGGCGGGGAGGAGUCCGCACAUCCCGAAGACUGUGCAGACUGCUUCGGUGGUCAGAAGAAGGAUGAGUCCAAUGACAGAGAGAAGAAGGAGGAAGACGAGGCAUCUGCACCGGUGCACCACUCCAUCAUCGAGGCGUGGGACUGGGGGAGGCAGCCAGACGAGGCCGAGCUGAAAGACUGCCUCCUGGUGCUGGUGGAGGACCAGCAGAAGCUAGCGACGCACACGGCCAAGAGCACGCUGUCGGCCCAGCGGCUUUGGCAGCGGCUCCUCAUCCUGGAGCGCUAUCUCAUCUCGCUGAGCGACAGCAUGAAGGAGGAGAAGUACAAGGUCCGCUGGAAGAGUCCGACCAGCCCCCCCCUGCCCAGCACUGACAAUAAGAGCCCCCGUCCAGCUGGGAAGGGUGUGGAGGGCCUGGCCAGGGUGGGCUCCAGGGCGGCGCUGUCUUUCGCCUUCGCCUUCCUGCGCCGGGCCUGGAGGUCAGGCGAGGACGCCGACUUGUGCAGCGAGCUCCUGCAGGAGUCCCUGGAUGCCCUGCGCGCCCUUCCGGAAGCAUCGCUCUUUGACGAGGGGACCGUAUCGUCGGUGUGGCUGGAAGUGGUGGAGAGAGCUACCAAAUUCCUCAGCGAUAUCCACAGCAGUGCCAGUCCCAAAGGCCCGGGCAGCAUCCCGCUGCAGGACCAGCACCUGGCCCUGGCCAUCCUCUUGGAGCUGGCUGUGCAGCGGGGGACCCUCAGCCAGCUGCUGUCCGCUGUCCUGUUGCUUCUGCGUUUGUGGGAUCGCGGCACACGGGAGACGGACAACGAGCGCUCCGCCCAGGGCAUGUGUGCCCCCCUGCUGCCGCUCCUGCACCGCUUCCAGAACAUUCAGUGCAGCAAGGACCUGCCCAACACCGAGGACGAGGAAAUUGAGAUCUUGACGGCCCCCCUGAGCCCCAAUGAGAGCUUUUUGCACUACCUGGCGCUCCCCCAGGACAACGACCUCGCCAUUGACCUACGGCAGACGGCCGUGGUCAUCCUGGCUCACCUGGACCGGUUGGCGGGUCCAUGCUGCCCCCCACAGUGCAGCUCGCCUACCUCGCACAAGGGCACCCUGCAGGAAGUAAUUGGCUGGGGUCUGCUUGGCUGGAAGCCCUACUCCAAUGUGAUGGGGCCUGUCCAGUGCAAGACCCUGGCCAGCCUGGGCGUGACCCAGAUCGUGUGUUCCGAGAAAGGCUUCCUCUUCCUGUCUCGCAGUGGGGCUGUGUACCACCAGAACUACAAGAGCACCACCCUGGCUCCCAUGCUGGUCCCGGCUCUGUCUUCUAGAAAGAUAGUGAAGAUUGCGGCUCACCCAGAAGGCCAGCACUAUCUGGCUCUGUCAACCAGCGGCGAGGUCUUUUCCUGGGGCUGCGGGGAUGGCGGGCGCCUGGGUCAUGGGGACACUGCGUACCUGGAGGUGCCAGCCAUGAUCACGGCCUUCACGGCGAAGCCCACAGGCAAACAUGUGGUGCACAUUGCCUGUGGGAGCACAUACAGCGCCGCCAUCACUGCCGACGGCGAGCUCUACACCUGGGGCAGGGGCAAUUAUGGCCGUCUGGGCCACGGGUCUAGCGAGGACCAGACUACCCCAAUGCUGGUGACGGGGCUGAAGGGCCUGAAGGUGCUGGAUGUGGCCUGUGGGAGUGGCGAUGCACAGACCCUGGCUGUCACUGAGAAUGGCCAGGUGUGGUCAUGGGGAGAUGGCGACUACGGCAAGCUGGGUCGUGGUGGCAGCGACGGCUGCAAGACACCCAAGCCGGUGGAGAAGCUGCAGGACCUGGACAUCGUCAAGGUGUGCUGUGGGAGUCAGUUCUCCAUGGCGCUGACCAAAGAGGGCCAGGUGUACACCUGGGGGAAGGGGGACAACCAGCGGCUGGGCCACGGCACGGACGAGCACGUCCGCUACCCCAAGCUGCUGGACACCUUGCAGGGAAAGAAGGUGGUUGACAUCGCGGUGGGCUCCACGCACUGCCUGGCUCUCACGGACGAGGGUGAGGUGCACAGCUGGGGCAGCAACGACAAGCAGCAGCACUUCGACACUCUCUUCUCCAACAAGAAGCAGCCCAAGGCCCUGCCAGGCUUCAGCUCCAAGAACAUUGUAGGCAUCGCGUGCGGCCCUGCUCAGAACUUCACCUGGUCCUCCUGUUCGGACUGGUCUGUGGGGCUGCGGGUGCCCUUUGUGGUGGAUGUGUGCCCCAUGACCUUCGAGCAGUUGGACCUGCUCUUACGGCAGGUCAGCGAGGGCAUGGAUGGCAGCUCUGACUGGCCCCCCCCACAAGAGAAGGAGUGUAUGGUGGUGGCCACACUGAAUCUGCUGAAGCUCCAGCUCCACUCCGCCAUCAGUAACCAGGUGGACCCGGAGGAGCUCGGCCUGGGUCCCGGGGGGGCACUGCUGGGCAGCCUGAAGCAGGCUGUGGUGACCCUGGCCAGCAAUGCGGGGGUGCUCUGCACGGUGCAGACCGCUGCUCAGGCCGUGUUGCAGAGUGGCUGGUCUGUGCUGUUGCCCACCGCCGAGGAGAGGGCCCGCGCGCUGUCCUCACUGCUGCCCAACUCGGUGUCGGGGAACGAGAUGGCUGUCAGUCCCGGCCGCCGCUUCAUGAUAGACCUGCUGGUGAGCAGUCUAAUGGCCGACGGAGGCUUGGAGUCUGCCCUCAACGCCGCCAUCACAGCCGAGAUACAGGACAUCGAGGCCAAAAAGGAGGCGCAGAAAGAAAAGGAGAUCGAUGAGCAGGAGGCCAAUGCGUCCACGCUGCACCGGAGCAGGACUCCCCUAGACAAAGACCUCAUCAACACGGGCAUCUACGAGUCUGCAGGGAAGCAGACCUUGCCCCUGGUGCAGCUGGUGCAGCAGCUGCUCAGGAACAUCGCCUCGCAGACAGUGGCCCGAUUGAAGGACGUGGCGCGGCGCAUCUCCAGCUGCAUGGAGACCGACCACGUCAGCAAGGAGCGCUCGGCCCCCCUGGACCUGCUGCUCCGCUUCCAGCGGCUGCUGGUCAGCAAGCUGUACAUAGGCCUCGACCGGGCCGAACUCGCCACCGGCUACGAUCCUGAGCUCCUGGGGGUGGGGUCAUUGCUGAAGAAGUACAUUGCCCUGCUUUGUACUCACAUCGGCGACAUCCUGCCUGUGGCGACCAGCAUCGCCUUCACGGGGCACCGCCAUUUUGCCGAGGUGUCCCGUGUCAUUGAGGGCGACCUCACCGGGGUUCUGCUUCCAGAGCUGGUGGUAUCCAUCAUACUGCUGCUCGCCAUCGACACUGGCCUCAUGCAGGAGACCGGUUCCAUCCCUCUACUGGCCAGCCUGCUGGAGCACCUGGACCGCUUCAACCACUUGGCCCCUGGCCACGACAGAGACGACAAUGAAGACUUGGCCUGGCCAGGCAUUAUGGGCUCCUUCUUCAAAGGCCAAAGCUGUAGGAACAACGAAGAGGUGUCCCUCAUCCGCAAGGGUGAUCUAGAAAACCACAACAAGGACGGUGGCUUCUGGACAGUCAUCGACGGCAAGGUCUACGAUAUCAAGGACUUUCAGGCCCAGAGCCUCACUGGGAGCAGCGUCCUUGCCCAGUUUGCUGGAGAAGAUCCAGUUGUUGCCCUGGAAGCCGCCCUGCAGUUUGAGGACACCCGGGAGUCCAUGCAGGCCUUCUGUGUCGGCCAGUACAUAGAACCCAACCAGGAGACGGUGACCACGCCUGACCUGAGCAGCCUCUCCUCACCCCUGAUCGACACAGAGAGGAACCUGGGUCUUCUCCUGGGCCUCCACGCUUCCUACCUUGCCAUGAGCACGCCUCUCUCGCCCAUGGAGAUUGAAUGUGCCAAAUGGUUGCGGUCCUCGAUUUUCUCCGGGGGCCUGCAGACCAGUCAGAUCCACUACAACUACAACGAGGAGAAGGACGAGGACCACUGCAGCUCACCGGGGACAACCACACCCGACAAGUCCCGGCUUUAUUCCCGGCGGCUGACCUUGAGCGACCAUUCCCAGCCCUUCCUCCAGGCCAUCGCCGACAACAACCUCCAGGACCACACCGUGAAGGAUUUUCUGUGCCAAAUCGAGCGCUGCUGUAAGCAGCACCACCUCAUCACCCCCAUCGUCUUCCCCCCGGAACACCCCGUGGAGGAAGUGGGCCGCCUGCUCCUCUGCUGCCUUCUCAAACACCAGGAUCUGGGUCAUGUUGCCCUCUCACUCGUCAACCAGUGUGCCUUGGGUGUGGACCAAGGGAAGCAGAAGUCUUUUCCCAAGUCAGUGAUUGACGUGUGUCGCAUGGUCUACCAGGCAAAGUGCUCCCUGAUAAAGACGCACCAAGAGCAGGGUCGCUCCUACAAGGAGGUGUGCGCUCCUGUGGUGGAGCGCCUGCGCUUCCUGUUCAACGAGCUGCGGCCGGCGGUCAGCAGCGACCUGUCUAUCGUGUCCAAGCUGAAGCUGCUGAGCUCGCAGCCGCGCUGGAAGACCAUCACGCGGAAGCUCAUCCGGGACCGGCGCAAGAAGAGAGUGCCUAAGAAGACUGACUCCGUUGACUUGGAAGAUUCUAAACUGGACAAUGACGAGACCAGUGGGGAGGAGCCCUGUGUGCUUCCCAGCAGUGCCGCUCUGGUGGACAAGAAGCCUCCCCAGGCUAAGUCCCCCAAGGACAGGUGGCAGCCGCUCCUGAGCACGGUGGCCAGCGUGCACAGGUACCGCUGGCUGAAGCACAGCGUCCAGGGCCCACCUCCACAGUCCAGCCUCAUGACCACCAUUGUGGAGUUUGCACUUAAGGAGGAGCCACUGGAUGUGGAGAAGAUGCGGAAGUGUCUCCUUAAACAGCUGGAGCGAGCAGAGGUGAGGCUGGAGGGCAUAGACACCAUGCUGAAGCUGGCAUCUAAGAGCUUCUUGCUGCCGUCGGUGCAGUACGCCAUGCUGUGUGGGUGGCAGAGACUCAUCCUUGAAGGGACCAACAUUGGGAAGCCACUGUCCGACUGCCUGAAGGAUGUGGACCUCAUUCCGCCUUUUAACCGCAUGCUGCUGGAGGUCACCUUCGGCAAGCUGUACUCCUGGGCCAUCCAGAACGUGCGGGCCAUCCUGCUGGAUGCCAGCGUCAGGUUUAAGGAGCUUGGCAUUCAGCCUGUGCCCCUGCAAACUAUCACCAAUGAGAACCCGGCAGGCCCCAGCCUGGGCACCAUCCCACAGGCCCGCUUUCUGCUGGCCAUGCUCAACAUGCUGUCCCUCAAGCACAGUGCCAACAGCCUGAGCCUCCUGCUCAACUCGGGCAUGCUGGCUCUCAGCCAGAGCAUCCUCCGUCUCAUCGGUCCCAGCACGGACAACACAGAGGAGGACCCGGGCUCUGCCACCCACGGCGGCUCGGCCACGGUGCUGGAGGAGUCCCGCAAAGAGGCAGCGCCAGUCCCCCUGCCAGCCUCCGGGCCGGAACUGGCGGCCAUGAUGAAGAUCGGCACACGGGUGAUGAGGGGCUUGGACUGGAAGUGGGGAGAUCAGGAUGGGCCGGCCCCGGCUCUGGGCCGUGUGAUCGGCGAGCUGGGCGAGGAUGGCUGGAUCAGGGUGCAGUGGGACACCAGCAGUACCAACUCCUACAGGAUGGGCAAGGAGGGCAAGUAUGACCUGAAGCUGGCAGAGCCUCCACCGGCUGUGCCGACCACCACGGAGGACUCGGACACGGAGGACGACACCGAAGGAGAGCCGGUGGAGAAAAGCGCACACCCCACAGCCCUGAUGCUGACCAGCACGGUGAACCUGCUGAAGACCCUGGCGCUAUCGGCCGGCAUCCACGCCGAGGUCAUGCAGAUGGAGGCCAUGCGGACGCUGUGCGGCCUGCUCCGGAUGUUGGUGGAGAGUGGGGCCGGCGACAAGACGGGCUGCUCCACCCACAGGCAGGUGUUGCGGGAGCAGCACCGCAGCUGGUGCACGCUGGGUUUCAUUCGCAGCGUCGCCCUCAUGCCCCACAUGUGCAGUGCUCUCAGUACCUCGGCCUGGAUUAGCCUGCUCCUCAAGAUCGUGGAGGGUCACCAGUCCUUCACUGCUGGCACACUACAGAGGCAGAUCCUGGCCCUCCGGCUCCUGCAGGCAGUGCUACCUUCCUGGGAGAAGGCGGAGCGCUCACAGGACAUGAAGCUCCUGGUGGAGAAGCUCUUUGGCUUCCUGGGCAGCCUGCUGAGCACCUGCUCCUCUGACCUGCCCUUGCUGAGAGAGGGCUUCCUGCGGAGGAGGAAGUCCCGCCCCCAGGCCUCGCUGACCGCCACCCACAGCAGCACGCUGGCAGAGGAGAUCGUGGCUGUGCUGCGGACACUGCACUCCCUGGGCCAGUGGAACAGCCUGAUCAACGACUACAUCAACUCUCAGCUGGGCUGCAUCGGCGACGUCAUGGCUGGUCGGCACUCGGAGGCGGCCCUGCUGGAGGAAUACUUUCCUGACGCAGAGGCCCCCGCAGUGGGCAGCCUGAUGGCCGUGCUGGCUGUGAUCGGCGGCAUUGACGGGCGCCUGCGUCUGGGCGGCCAGGUGGUACACGAGGAAUACGGUGAGGGCACGGUGACUCGCAUAACGCCCAAGGGCCGUAUCACCGUGCAGUUCCACGAGACGAGGACGUGCCGAGUGUGCCUGCUGAGCCAGCUGAAACCGCUGCCGGUGGUGCCCUUCAGUGUGACUAACCUGCCCUUCACGGAGCCCAUGCUGGGCGUCUGGGCACAGCUGGUGAACCUGGCAGGCAGCAAGCUGGAGAAGCAGCGUAUGAAGAAGCCCCUGAGCCGUGGCCUUACAGACCAGGUGGACCUGCACUUGCUGCGCUCUCAGCAGCUGCGGCUGUACGUGCUGAAGGCUGCCCGGGCGCUGCUGUCCCACCAGGACAAGCUGCGGCAGAUCCUGUCCCAGCCAGCCAUCCUGGAGUCGGGCCCCAGCCCUGGUGUGGACGAGGGGGCGGCAUCGCCCUUGGAUGCAGGGGACCUGUCCCCGGAGGGGCCUCAACCCCCCCUCAUCCUCCUGCAGCAGCUGCUGUCGGCCGCCACACAGCCAUCUCCCAUCAAAGCCAUUUUCGACAAGCAGGAGCUGGAGGCCGCCGCCCUCGCUGUGUGCCAGUAUCUAGCGGUGGAGGCCACGCACCCCUCAUCUCCACUGCUAGAGGAGAGCAGCUCCAGCGAGGACACCACCCCAGUCACCGUGCAGCAUAUGCGUCCGCCCAAGCAGAAGAAACAUAAGGGCUCGCCGGUGCCCCCUGUGCCUGUGGUGGUGCAGCUGAUGGAGAUGGGCUUCCAGCGGAAGAACAUCGAAUUUGCUCUCAAGUCUUUGUCGGGCACUACAGGCAGCGCCUCUGGGACCCCCGGCGUGGAGGCCUUGGUGAGCUGGCUGCUGGAUCACCCCGACGUCCACGUCACAGAGGUGUCGGAUGCGGACACGGUGUCUGACGAGUAUUCGGAGGAGGAGGUACUGGAGGAGCUGGACGAAUCUGAGACGGCCUUUCCUGUGCCCCCCGGCGCUGUGGUAACGGAGAGCCAGACAUUCAAGAAGAGGUCUGAUUUCCAGAGCAACGAUGACUACGCGGUUUAUGUUCGGGAAAACAUUCAGGUGGGCAUGAUGGUCAGGUGCUGCAGAACGUAUGAGGAGGUGUAUGAGGGCGACGUGGGGAAGGUGAUUAAGCUGGAUCGGGACCGUCUCCAUGACCUGAACGUGCAGUGUGAUUGGCAGCAGAAGGGCGGGACCUACUGGGUGCGGUACAUCCACACAGAGCUGUUGGGCUUCCCACCGCAGAGCUCCCCCUCUCACAUCAAGAUUGGAGACAAGGUUCGAGUGAAGCUCUCUGUGACCACGCCCAAGUACAAGUGGGGCUCGGUAACCCACAGAAGCGUUGGGGUUGUGAAAGCUUUCAGUGCCAACGGGAAGGACGUGAUCGUCGACUUCCCCCAGCAGUCGCACUGGACUGGCCUGCUGUCGGAGAUGGAGCUGGUGCCCAGCAUCCAUCCCGGAGUCAGGUGUGACGGCUGCCAGAUGUUCCCGAUUAACGGACCCAGGUUCAAGUGCAGGAACUGCGACGACUUUGACUUCUGCGAGAGCUGCUUCAAGACUCGCAAGCACAACAGCAGGCACUCGUUCGGCCGGAUCAAUGAGCCCGGCCAGUCGCCCACGUUCUGUGGCCGCGCUGGGAAGCAGCUGAAAAGGCACCGGGGCGGCCAGCGUGGGAUGCUGAUCGAGGAUUGGUCGCGCGCCGUCAAGAGCCUCAGCGUCUCGUCCUCGGUCAACCAGGCGUCGCGCCUCAUCGACUCCAGCGAGCAGUACUGGCAGUCCUCGGGCUCCCAGGGCAAGCACUGGAUCCGCCUGGAGCUCUUCCCAGACGUUCUGGUCCACAGGCUGAAGAUGAUCGUAGAUCCGGCGGACAGCAGCUACAUGCCGUCCCUUGUAGUGGUAUCAGGUGGAAAUUCUCUGAACAACCUUAUAGAGCUGAAGACAAUCAACAUUAACCCCACUGACACCACGGUUGUCCUCCUCAGUGACUGUACAGAGUAUCACAGGUACAUCGAGAUCGCCAUUAAGCAGUGCCGCAGCUCGGGCAUCGACUGCAAGAUCCACGGGCUGGGCAUCGUGGGCCGCAUCCGGGCCGACGACGAGGACCUGGCCACCGUCCCCUUCCUGGCCUCCGAUAACGAGGAGGACGAUGACGAUAAGACCGGCACUGGCAGUCUGGCACGGAAGAAAUCCGCUGGUCUGGAAUCAGCCGCCACGAUAAGAACGAAAGUCUUUGUCUGGGGGCUGAAUGACAAGGACCAGCUGGGUGGACUCAAGGGAUCCAAGAUCAAGGUGCCUUCGUUCUCGGAGACCCUCUCCGCGCUCAACGUGGUGCAGGUGGCAGGCGGCUCCAAGAGCCUGUUUGCGGUCACAGCGGAGGGGAAGGUUUACGCCUGCGGUGAGGCUACCAACGGGCGUCUGGGCCUCGGCCUGUCCAGUGGCACCAUCCCCAUCCCCCGGCAGAUCACAGCCCUCAGUAACUACGUGGUGAAGAAGGUGGCGGUGCACUCAGGUGGUCGCCACGCCAUGGCCCUGACGGUGGACGGCAAGGUGUUCUCCUGGGGCGAGGGAGACGACGGGAAGCUCGGCCACUUCAGUCGCAUGAACUGCGACAAGCCGAGGCUCAUUGAGGCCCUGAAGACCAAGCGGAUCAGGGAUAUCGCCUGUGGCAGCUCCCACAGUGCAGCCAUCACCUCCAGUGGGGAGCUGUACAGCUGGGGCUUGGGGGAGUACGGGAGACUGGGCCAUGGUGACAAUACCACCCAGCUCAGGCCCAAACUGGUGAAGGUGCUCCUAGGCCACCGUGUCGUGCAGGUGGCCUGUGGGAGUAGGGACGCUCAAACAUUGGCCUUAACUGAUGAAGGCCUGGUGUUCUCCUGGGGCGACGGGGACUUUGGGAAGCUCGGACGGGGCGGCAGCGAGGGCUGUAAUAUCCCACAGAACAUUGAGAGGCUCAACGGGCAGAGCGUGUGUCAGAUUGAGUGUGGGGCCCAGUUCUCCCUGGCGCUCACCAAGUCCGGUGUGGUGUGGACUUGGGGGAAGGGCGACUACUUCAGGCUGGGCCACGGCACUGACGUCCACGUGCGCAAGCCCCAGAUGGUCGAGGGUCUGCGAGGGAAGAAGAUCAUCCAUGUGGCCGUGGGGGCCCUACACUGCUUGGCUGUCACUGACACCGGACAGGUGUACGCUUGGGGAGACAACGACCAUGGGCAGCAGGGAAAUGGCACCACCACGGUGAACCGGAAGCCCACUUUAGUGCAAGGCCUCGAGGGCCAGAAGAUCACACGUGUAGCCUGCGGCUCCUCACACAGCGUGGCCUGGACCACCGUGGACGUCACCACUCCCUCUGUGCACGAGCCCGUCCUCUUCCAGACCGCCAGGGACUCCCUGGGAGCCUCGUACCUGGGUGUGCAGUCAGAUGGCGACUCGUCGAGUGCCAACAACAAAAUCAGCGGGCAGAGCAACGCCAAGCCCCACCGGCCGUCGCUGGCUAAGAUCCUGCUGUCGCUGGAUGGCAGCUUGGCCAAACAGCAGGCCCUGUCCCACGUGCUGUCCGCCCUGCAGAUCAUGUAUGCCAGAGAUGCUGUGGUGGGCGCCUUGAUGCCCGCCUGUAUGAUCAUGCCCGUGGAGUGUCCCUCCAGCUCCCCCGUGCCCCCUUCCGACUCCUCCGCGGCCUCCAGCCCCUAUGAGGCAGAGCGCUCCCCGGUGGUCCCCGAGUCAGAGGAGCGACACAGUCCCAGCCCUUGGCAGGAGAGGAGAGGAGAGGUGACGUCUUCAGAGGACGCCAUGACCCCUUCGUCUGCGGUGACCCCCUCUGCGUCGGCAGCAUCCUCCCGCCCCUUCAUUCCCGUCACCGAUGACCCCGGGGCCGCCAGUAUCAUCGCAGAGACAAUGACCAAAACCAAAGAGGAUUCUGAGAGCCAGAGCAAAGCGGCAGGUCCUGAGCCACAGUACCUGGACGAGUUCACCAGCCUGCUGGUGCCGGACGACACCCGCGUGAUGGUGGAUCUGCUCAAACUGGCUGUGUCCCUGCGCUCUGGAGAGCGGGGCAAGGAGGUGCUGUCGGCCGUGCUGUCUGGCAUGGGCACAGAAUACCCGCAGGUAGCAGAUGUGCUGUUGGAACUCUGCGUGACGGAGCUGGAGGACGUGGCCACUGACUCCCAGAGCGGCCGCCUAUCCUCUCAGCCCGUGGUGGUGGAGAGCAGCCACCCCUACACUGACGAUACCUCCACCAGCGGCACGGUCAAGAUCCCAGGUGCAGAGGGGCUGAGAGUAGAGUUUGAUCGCCAGUGCUCUACCGAAAGGCGGCAUGACCCACUCACCAUUAUGGACGGGGCCAAUAGGAUCGUGUCUGUCCGAUCAGGGCGCGAGUGGUCCGACUGGUCCAGCGAGCUGCGCAUCCCAGGGGACGAGCUGAAGUGGAAGUUUACCAGCGACGGCUCCGUCAAUGGCUGGGGGUGGCGCUUCACCGUGUAUCCCAUCAUGCCUGCGGCCGGACCCAAGGACCUGCUGUCGGACCGCUGCAUCCUGUCCUGUCCGUCCAUGGAUCUGGUCACCUGCCUGCUGGACUUCAGGCUGAACCUGGCCUCUAACCGGAGCAUCGUGCCACGGCUGGCUGCCUCACUGGCUGCCUGUGCGCAGCUGAGCGCUCUGGCGGCCGGCCAUCGCAUGUGGGCUUUGCAGCGGCUGCGCAAACUGCUCACCACCGAGUUUGGCCAGUCGAUCAACAUCAACAGGUUGCUGGGAGACGGCGAUGGAGAGCCGCGAUCUGUGAGCUUCACAGGCAGUGCUCUGGCAGCGCUGGUGAAGGGGCUUCCCGAGGCUCUUCAGAGGCAGUACGAGUAUGAGGACCCUAUCGUGAGGGGGGGCAAGCAGCUGCUCCACAGCCCCUUCUUCAAGGUGCUGGUGGCGUUGGCCUGUGACCUGGAGCUGGACACCUUGCCAUGCUGUGCCGAAACGCACAAGUGGGCCUGGUUCCGGAGAUACUGCACCGCAUCUAGGGUGGCCGUGGCCCUGGACAAGAGGACCCCUUUGCCUCGCCCCUUUCUGGAUGAGGUGGCCAAGAAGAUCCGGGAGCUAAUGGCGGAUCACGAAAGCAUGAACACGCUGCACGAGAGCCAUGAGGUGUUCAGGCGGGAGCAGGACGAGCAGCUGGUGCAGUGGAUGAACAGACGUCCUGACGACUGGACUCUGUCUGCCGGCGGAAGCGGCACCAUCUACGGCUGGGGGCACAACCACCGCGGGCAGCUGGGCGGCAUCGAGGGUGCCAAGGUGAAGGUGCCCACGCCCACGGAGGCCCUGGCCAUGCUGCGGCCCGUGCAGCUGAUUGGAGGGGAGCAGACUCUGUUUGCUGUGACGGCCGAUGGCAAGCUCUAUGCCACUGGGUACGGCGCCGGCGGGCGGCUUGGAAUCGGCGGCACCGAGUCUGUGUCCACGCCCACCCUUCUGGAGUCCAUCCAGCAUGUCUUCAUCCGCAAGGUGGCGGUGAACUCCGGAGGCAAGCACUGCCUCGCGCUGUCCUCCGAGGGCGAAGUCUACUCCUGGGGAGAGGCGGAGGACGGCAAGCUGGGCCACGGCAACAGGAGCCCAUGUGACCGGCCCCGUGUGAUCGAGUCCCUGCGUGGCGUGGAGGUGGUGGACAUUGCGGCUGGUGGUGCCCACAGCGCCUGCAUCACCGCCAGCGGGGAGCUCUACACUUGGGGCAAGGGCCGCUACGGCCGGCUGGGCCACGGCGACAGUGAGGACCAGCUCAAGCCCAAACUGGUGGACGCUCUGCAGGGCCACCGCGUCAUCGACGUGGCGUGUGGCAGUGGUGACGCCCAGACGCUGUGUCUGACUGAUGAUGACAUGGUGUGGUCCUGGGGGGAUGGUGACUACGGCAAGCUGGGGCGCGGGGGCAGUGAUGGCUGCAAGGUGCCCAUGAAGAUCGACUCCCUCACGGGGCUGGGCGUGGUCAAGGUGGAGUGUGGCUCCCAGUUUUCUGUUGCGCUCACCAGGUCUGGCUCCGUCUACACAUGGGGGAAAGGGGACUACCACCGGCUGGGUCACGGAUCCGACGACCACGUGCGUCGCCCACGGCAGGUCCAGGGCCUGCAGGGCAAGAAGGUGAUCGCCAUCGCCACUGGAUCCCUGCACUGCGUCUGCUGUGCGGAGGACGGGGAAGUGUACACCUGGGGCGAUAACGACGAGGGCCAGCUGGGCGACGGCACCACCAACGCCAUCACAAGGCCGCGGCUUGUAGCGGCACUGCAGGGCAAGAAAGUCAACCGGGUGGCCUGUGGUUCUGCACACACGCUGGCCUGGUCUACCAGCAAGCCCGCUAAUGCUGGCAAGCUCCCGGCGCAGGUUCCCAUGGAGUACAACCACCUGCAGGAGAUUCCCAUCAUUGCCCUGCGUAACAGGCUGCUGCUCCUGCACCACAUCUCUGAGCUCUUCUGCCCCUGCAUGCCCAUGUUUGACCUGGAGGGCCGGCUGGGGCAGGCGGGACAGGGGCCCUCUGUGGGGUUCGACACGCUAAGGGGUAUCCUCAUCUCCCAGGGCAAGGAAGCAGCGUUCCGCAAGGUGGUCCAGGCAACGAUGGUGCGAGACAGGCAGCACGGGCCUGUGGUGGAGCUGAACCGGAUCCAGGUGAAACGCUCUCGGAGCAAAGGGGGCCUGGCUGGACCAGACGGAACCAAGUCGGUCUUUGGGCAGAUGUGCGCCAAGAUGAGCUCGUUCAGCCCCGACAGCCUGCUGCUUCCCCACCGUGUGUGGAAAGUCAAGUUUGUGGGCGAGUCCGUGGACGACUGCGGCGGGGGCUACAGCGAGUCCAUCGCCGAAAUGUGUGAGGAGCUGCAGAACGGCCUCACGCCGCUGCUCAUCGUUACGCCCAACGGGCGCGACGAGUCGGGUGCCAACCGCGACUGCUUCCUGCUCAGCCCCGCCGCCAGGUCGCCGCUGCACAUGAACAUGUUCCGCUUCUUGGGCGUCCUACUGGGCAUCGCCAUCCGCACCGGCAGCCCCCUGAGCCUGAAUCUGGCCGAGCCGGUGUGGAAGCAGUUGGCCGGCAUGAACCUGACCAUUGCUGACCUCAGUGAGGUUGAUAAGGACUUCAUCCCUGGCUUGAUGUACAUCCGCGAUAACGAGGCCACCUCCGAGGAGUUUGAGGCCAUGACCCUGCCCUUCACCGUGCCCAGUGCCAGCGGCCAGGACAUCCAGCUCAGCUCCAAGUACUCCCACAUCACGUUGGACAACCGUGCCGAGUAUGUGCGCCUAGCAAUAAACUACAGGCUCCAUGAGUUUGACGAGCAGGUGUCGGCCGUGCGGGAGGGCAUGGCCCGUGUGGCGCCGGUGCCGCUGCUGUCUCUCUUCACGGGCUACGAGCUGGAAACCAUGGUCUGCGGCAGCCCAGACAUCCCGCUGCACCUCCUCAAGUCGGUGGCCACCUACAAGGGUGUGGAGCCCACCGUGCCCCUCAUCCAGUGGUUCUGGGAGGUGAUGGAGUCCUUCUCCAACACGGAACGCUCUCUCUUUCUGCGCUUCGUUUGGGGCCGGACCCGACUGCCCAGGACCAUCGCAGACUUCCGUGGGCGAGACUUCGUGGUUCAGGUGCUGGACAAAUACAACCCGCCCGAUCACUUCCUGCCGGAAUCCUACACCUGCUUCUUCCUGCUGAAGCUGCCCAGGUAUUCCUGCAGGCAGGUGCUGGAAGAGAAGCUGAAGUACGCCAUACACUUCUGCAAGUCCAUAGACACUGACGACUAUGCACGCAUUGCGCUGACCGGCGAGCCGGCGGCCGACGACAGCAGCGAGGACUCCGACAACGAGGACGCCGAUUCCUUCGCCUCGGACUCCACACAGGACUACUUAACCGGGCACUGAGGAAGCUCCUGCUGACCUAUGACCUUUGACCCUCGACUCGCUGAAGGCCCGGCAGUCCUGCUACGAAGCUGUCACCCCCCCCCCCCCCCCCCAAGCCGAAUAAUGUCCAUUUUAUUCACAUUUCUUACUACUUAAACUAGCUAAAUAACUUCUGUAAAUCAUAAUGUGCAGUUAGCAUUGAAGGCACUGUAACUUGGAGCAAAAAGUAGGUUUUUUUCUUAAGAAAAAAAAAAAUUAUAUAUAUAUGGUGGGUGAUUGGAGAGGUUGCGGAGAUCAACAUUGUGUUUACUAAUGCCAUGUGUAUAGGUUAUGAAACGACAUCAGUGGGGCAUCCAAAUUAGGGCAUUUCGCCUUGCACUGUGGUAGAAUCGUCUGGGUUUCUUCCCCUUUGUGACUUUUACCUGACCUUGAUAUGUUGUACGUUUCAGAUAUACAAUGAGAACACUAGUAUUUUAAAUAUAUAUUUUUGUUGGUAAUAGCAGUGUUUCUUUAAAACACCCUUUUUGACUAUGAAGCUGUCGGCGUUUCUCACUCGAGCCGCGUGAGAUACAGCCCCACCCCCCCCCUCCCCGCCUUUGUCGUUUUAAAGAUGUCCGUCACUGUAGUUGUCCACUUACCGUUUGUGUUACGCACUGUUCUCCUUGGGGAAUGUAUAUAUUAUGAUUGUGCCAUGUAUCCAUGAUCAGUGUCCAUUUCUUGUGAAUAAAUAGGUUUCAAUGCAAAAGAGAA